CCUGCGGGAGGAGAACAGCAGCUCCAGCACCCCUCUUGCCUUUAUCCCGCCCCGCGCUCCCCCGCUGUCGGAAAUCUUACCCCACGCCCCAAAUCUGACUCUGAAGGGGGUUGACUCGGCAGCGCUCCGUGGUCAGUCCCCCUCGCUAGUGCUCCCGAGCUGACAGACACCCGGGGAAGCUAAGCCUGCAGGACGGAAGGCGCCCGCGUCUCACCUCUGGGUUGCAAUCAAGCAACAGCAUCUUCCGCCUACAGCCGAGGACAGGACGUCUGGGGAGCGCAGAGCGGCGAGCCAGGCGCCGCGGACUGGCAGGAACUGGCCUUCCAAGUGCUCAUGCCAGUGAUCAGUCUCUGAGAAGGAGGGAGCAAAGUGUCCAGGACUGAGGGGACUCAUGUUUGGCAGGGGGACAGAGGAAGAAGGAACAGCUACCUCCUGCAACGCUUCUUUUAAGCUACAACAACAAAAACCCUGUGCAGUAUUGUAACCACAGAGAGCAACAUGAGUUCAAAGAAGAAUACACAUUGUGGAAACAGGAUGAAAUUGACCAGUGAAAAGUUGCCCAAGAACCCCUUUUAUACCUCUCUAUCCCGGUAUGGUGCUAAGAACCCAAAAUUCUUCCAAUGGAGGAAGGAAAAGACUGAUCGUUACAGCCAUGAGAAUUUGGUGGAUAAGGCAUUGCAGCUCUUGAAGGAAAGAAUAAGAAGAGGGGAUGCUAUGGCAUAUUUCCUCCGAGGCCAACUAUAUUUUGAAGAGGGAUGGUAUGAAGAAGCAUUAGAACAGUUUGAAGAAAUCAAGGAGAAAGACCAUCAAGCAAUUUACCAGCUAGGAGUGAUGUAUUAUGAUGGGCUGGGGACACCUACAGACGCUGAAAAAGGAGUGGAAUAUAUGAAGAAAAUUGUUGAUUCUCCAUGUCCCAAAGCAAGACACUUACAGUUUGCAGCUGCCUACAACCUUGGAAGAGCUUAUUAUGAAGGGAAAGGCAUCAAACAAUCAGAUGAGGAAGCUGAAAGACUGUGGCUUUUUGCUGCAGACAAUGGAAAUCCUAAAGCUAGUGUGAAGGCUCAAAGUAUCCUAGGAUUGUAUUAUUCAACAAAAGAGCCUAAAGACUUAGAAAAGGCAUUUUAUUGGCACUCGGAAGCAUGUGGCAAUGGAAAUCUGGAGUCCCAGGGUGCACUUGGACUAAUGUAUUUUUAUGGACAAGGCAUCCGCCAAGAUACCGAAGCUGCCUUGCAGUGCUUAAGGGAAGCAGCAGAACGUGGAAAUGUCUAUGCUCAAGGGAAUCUUGUGGAGUAUUACUACAAAAUGAAAUUUUUUACUAAGUGUGUUUCGUUUUCCAAAAGGAUUGCUGACUAUGAUGAGGUUCACGACAUACCCAUGAUAGCCCAGGUCACGGACUGUCUCCCAGAAUUCAUCAUCAGAGGCAUGGCCAUGGCAUCUUUCUACCAUGCCCGAUGCCUUCAGCUUGGCUUGGGUAUCACAAAGGAUGAAGCAACAGCUAAACACUACUAUUCUAAAGCUUGUCGUCUCAAUCCUGCAUUGGCAGAUGAACUUCACUGUUUACUUAUUCGUCAAAGAAUUUAGACCAUAAUGGAUUUCAACAAAGAUCAUCAACCCUAACAACGUAGAAUGAUCAGAAGCCAGGUCUCACCUGGGAUGUUUUCAAGCAACUUCUGCUGUGCCCUCUGCUUUGUGGCCUGACUGUGUUCU